AAUGAUGACAUCACCAAACACUUAAAAUCCACCUGGGAACCCGUCUGGGAGACGAGCGGGGCAGCUUCACAACACAAACAAUAAAGAUACGACACCAGCAGCAGUCAUGUCCGUGAAUUACGCUGCUGGACUCUCACCGUACGCAAACAAAGGCGUCUGCGGACUUCCCGAGGUGUUUGAUAGUCCUGAGGAACUGAAGGUGAAGGUGGAGACUCUCGCUCAGUUGAUAAAAGAAUCCCAGUACUUGGUUGUCCACUCUGGAGCUGGAAUCAGCACCUCAGCAGGCAUUCCUGACUUCAGGGGUCCAAAGGGUGUGUGGACACUAGAAGAAAAGGGUGAGCUCCCCCACUUUGACAUCACAUUUGAAGAUGCCCGACCCAGCUUGACUCACAUGGCUGUUCUGGGCCUGCAGAGGGCUGGAUACCUGAAGUACCUCAUCAGCCAGAAUGUGGACGGGCUGCAUGUCCGGUCGGGCUUCCCCAGGGAUCUGUUAUCAGAGCUUCACGGAAACAUGUUUGUGGAGGAGUGUGAGAAGUGUGGCAGGCAGUACGUCAGAGAAAAGGUGAUUGGCGUAAUGGGUCUGAAACCAACAGGCCGCUACUGUGACUUUGUUCGCUCCAGAGGACUCAGAGCUUGCAGAGGGAAGCUGAUGAGCACCAUACUGGACUGGGAGGAUUCUCUUCCGGACAGAGACCUGAAUAAAGCAGAUAACGCCAGCAGACAAGCAGACCUGGCUCUGACGCUCGGCACGUCUUUGCAGAUUAAACCCAGCGCAGACCUUCCCCUCCUAACAAAGCGCAAAGGAGGCAAAGUGGUUAUUGUCAACCUGCAGCCUACCAAAUAUGAUAAACACGCCUACCUGUGUAUCCGUGCCUACGUGGACGAGGUAAUGAAACAGCUCAUGGAGUUGCUGGGGCUGGAUGUCCCAAAGUGGGAGGGUCCGACUGUGUGCGAGAGCGCCACAGCGCUGGAGACCAGCGCUGACGUUAAACCGGAACAUAAACCGGCGAAGGAGGAGCUGAGGAGGGACGUUUUUAAGGAGGAGAGGAAGCGAGAAGCGCAGGAUGACAGCGUUCAGGAGGAGAGCGUGUCAGUAAAGCGGGAGAGAGGAGACUCCCCUGUUGACAUGAAUGAGGAGAAAUAGCCUCAGGGGUCCUUUUUUUUUUUAUACUCCUAAAACAAACCCGUCCAAAAACCAAACUUUACAACCAAGGUUGUUUCCAUCAGCACUGGCCGGGGAGAAGACUGGUUACGUUGAUGCCCCAUUUCUUACACUCCUUACAGCAAUGACUGAUUCAGCUGAAGAACAGACAGAUGCUACAGGUGUACAUGAGGUGAAUCAAUUGAGAAUGUACCAAUGUAUGGACGUGGUGAGGCCCAACUGAUCCAACGUUUUACUUUAAUUCACUGGGAAAACCAGACAAGUCAAGACAAAAUCUGGAGCACGGAGUUAUAAAUAAAGCAGUUAAUAAGAUGCUUAAUGCUACUUUACUUUUAAUGGAAGCCUUAUUUAUAACUCCGUGCACCAGAUCUCAUUCUUACAGGUCAUUUCCUUACAGAACCUUUAGUUUAAUACUUAGUAGGUGUGAUUAUAAAGUGACCUAUUUUCUUUUUAUAGUGUUACCUAAAUAAUUAGGUUUUUCUUUUUCUUUGUCUCUGGCAUCGUUGUGCUGGUCUGACAAUAGAUGCCUCACCUGCUCUAACUACUCCACAUUCACAGUUUCCAGCGAAAAAUUUCUAUCUCAGGAAUAAAUGGACUUCAAAAUA